UGCGUCAUGCCGUCAUCUCCUAAAACAGACCCAGCCGGGAUAGUUGGAGCAGUGGUUGUUAUUGCUGGUAAUGUUGUCAUAGUGUUUUCUUUACAUCAUACUCCCAAUUCAGACAGGUAUUUAUCUCGUAUAACUGUGGCUGACAGCUAUAUAUAACAAGCAAAACUGUCUUCGAUUAAUCAAACAUAGCUAGCAUUAGCUAGCUGGUGUAACCAUAGGUCCAACGGCAAGCUAGCCAGGUAGUUGCUUAGCAGUUAUGGAGUGGUUGGGCAACGGAUCUUCACUUCACUCAAACGAAGAACCUAGCAGUGACCACACUUUACCUGCCAGGGAUUUAAGGGGCAUCUACCCUCACAAACAGCUACCAUCAUCACCACUUUGUGACUGUGCCAUGGCAUCACUGUGUCAGAGCCAGCAGCGCUGUGUAAAGGCCUCAAUUGUCUCCAGUUGGAGGCUGGCUGAGGCACAGGACCAGCUAUGUUCUUUAGGAGUCCACAGCUCUGAGUCGCUGGAGCAGGAACGUGCUCGGACUCAGGCCUGCCCGGCAGAACUCACCAACACUGAGGAUGAGUGGCGUCGCAAGGAAAGCAUGCUUGGGGGUCAGGAACCCAGCCGCAGUCCUGUACUUGGUGCUACUGGAAGUUGGGACGUUUUUGAUAAAAGUAUCAUCAAUGUCCAAAAUCAACCUGUGGAAAUGGAUCAGGACAAAUGCAAAACAUUUUUGCAAAAGUAUGAACAAGAGCUCAGACAUUUUGGUAUGUUGCGGAGAUGGGAUGACAGUCAGCGAUUCUUGUCAGGCAUGCCACAACUCAUCUGUGAGGAAACAGCCAACUUCUUAAUACUCUGGUGUAUUAGACUACAGCAAGAAGGGAAAGAAGCAUUGAUGGAGCAGGUGGCUCACCAAGCUGUGGUUAUGCAGUUUAUCAUGGAGAUGGCCUCAAACUCUCAGCAGGAUCCCCGAGGCUGCUUCAGGCAGUUCUUCCACAAAGCCAAAGAUGGACAAGAUGUCUAUUUAGAAGUCUUCCAUGCAGAAGUUGAGGCCUUCAAACAGAGAGUUAAAGAAUACACAGCAAAAUGUAGAAGUGAUGCAUCCCACACUGAACAGCACAAUACUGGCACAAACUACAGACUUGACUCCAAAGAAGCAACAGACUUAUUACAACAGCAGGUGGGGGACUACAACAUGAAGCAUUGUUUAGAGGCUGGACUUUGGACAAGUACAGGGAAGUGGACAAAGGAUGAUGCUACAGAGACUGAAGACAUACUGAUGAUGGAAACAUCUUAAGGAAUAAAGAACUGACUUCUGCCUUCUUCCAUUUCAAUCGUCUCCCCAUGUAGAAACAAGCUGAACUUAAAGUACUUUACACACAGCAAACCAGGCUAAAA